UAUUUGAAUAACUGCGCGCACAAUCCGCGAAAAUAAAUUAUUUAGCUUUCUGCCUGAGAAGUUUGGGUCUUCCCCAGUGUGGUUGCAAAUAUUUCACUUGGAAAUAGUUUAUUCUUCAGGUUUAACGUCGAUUGUCGUGUUGUAAGAACCAACUUGAGGACAAUGGCGUGUCCUGCUGAGACAAGAAAAAGGCACAUUAGCGAUUUCUUUUCUCCAGCCAAGAGGAGUUCAGCUAACCUUUCAGACAACCUGCCAGAAACUCCUAGCACUUCUCCAGAACCUGAUACCAAGACUUUGCCUGAGAAUAUAUCUUCAGGCAUUAAACCAGGAACGUCCAAGCAUUCCCAGGAUCCAGAUGUCAAGAGAGAAUCACAUGAUGAAAGCCACACCUUUCAGUACAAUUAUGGAGGCAAGAAAUACACAGUUUUAUGCCAUUCUCACGGAACCGUACUGGAUGCACUGAGAACCAGUGAUGAGUUUAAGAACCUGGUUAAGAAGAAUUUGCACAAGGAAGUUGUCAUCCAAAGAGGAACACCCCCGAAGGCAGCUGUCUGCACUCAUUUCCCAUGUCAUUUAAUUGAUAACAAAGAAGAGUUGAAAAUCCACUUCAUCCAGGGUCUGCAACAGGGUAAUUCUUCAAAGGCCAAAUGCCGCUCCAAACAGAGAAACCAGAAUCAAAUGCCAGCUACAGAGUUGAUCACAUUCUGUGUCGCAAAAACAGGUGGAGAAAAUAUAGAAGCAAAAGUAAUAAAAAACCCAAAGCUAAGAAAGAAGGUUGACUUUGUUUGUGUGUACGCAUACAGAAACGAAACAGUGAAGGAAGCCCUGAGGAGAGAUGGCAGAUUUCAUAGCUACAUCUUCAGAACAUGCUGCGCUCUUUCUGAGACAAUAAAUGGAGACUCCAAUACAGAGUUCUCCCAGCUGGUUGAUGGUUGCGAUGGGAAAAUAUAUAAUGUGAAGCGCAUCAGUAAUGUUUCUGUACCAGAUAGUCAGGAGGACUGUGACAACACACCAACUGAAGAGCAGCGUGACCCCCCUGGUGAACAACCAGAAGCAGGGCCGUCUGCCCAGAGCUCUACCCCACCAGAAACGGGAAACGCACGUUCACAGAGAAAGGAGGUGGAAAAAGAUGGCGGAGGUUUACUGGUGAAGCAAACAAGGCAUGAGAUUUCGAACUCUAAAGAGAUCCUAGCAAUCCUGCGUUCCCAGUUUGCUGUCCUGGUAAAGAAGCUGAAAGAGAGAGAGAAGCUGAAAAAUAAGUCAGAUGUGCAGCAAUUCUUUAGAAAAGAGUUUGGAAAGAAAACUGAAUGCUUCCAAAAGAUGAAAACUCUAAAGUGUCUGAUUAAGCUAAGUGAUUCUGUUUGUCAGGUGAGAAUUGAAGGGGAAGCUGUAGGAACAGGAUUCCUUCUGUUUGAUAAGUUCGUGCUUACAAACGGCCAUGUUGUUGAGCCCAUCUAUGACCCAAUCACAAACAAGUUGGUACAAUCAGUAGUCGUAACAUUUGACUUUAACGACCUGACUCGUUGUCAUGAAAGGCGUGUGGAAGCGGGGGUUGUUGUCUAUGAGAAACACAUGGAUGAAGCAGGCCGUUAUGUUGACUUUGCUUUGCUGGAACUUAGCCCAGACCAUGAAACUGGCUUCCCUGCAGGCUUGCUCAGCAACUUCAACUUUCCCACUUCGGAGGGUGGAGUCGCUCUGAUUGGUCACCCUGAUGGUGGGGUGAAGAAGAUGGAUCACUGCUUCAUAACUGAAUAUGAGGGUCGUAUAGAAGCUGUACACAAAAAGAUGAAAGAGAAUUUUAAAUACAUGCAGUUGAUAAACAAUAAUUUUCUAAAUUGGGACAAGCAGAGUAUAGUAACAGAUACAAAUAAGCUUACUUAUGACACCUGUUUCUUCGAAGGAGCCUCUGGCUCCCCAGCCUUCAACGAGCACUGUGACGUGGUUGGUAUGCACACAGGAGGCUACUACUACAAGGAUAAGACAGGCAAUCUCCACAGAGCCAUAGAGUUUGCCAUUCCUUUAUCAAUCAUACUUGAGAAUCUCCUCAUCCAGGCGGUCAAGAGGAAAAGAGUUGAUGUGCUGGAAGGAUUCCUGAUCCAUGCGAGGCAAAGUGUGAAGUUGAAUGUCGUGAUGAACAGGGUUGAGGAGAGGUCUCAUAACGCCAGCCUGGUCCAGGCAUUCAAUGAGAUCCUGGUGUCCAACAGUAACACCUCCAAACAGGAAGAGCCGAGGACCUUUUACCAGUUGCUCUUUGAGAAAGUCCCGGGAGUUGAACCCAUGGAUGUGGAUCAAUAAUUAAAAUAAUGACUGUGCUUGACUUCCACACGUGCGCUUGAGUUUCCGCACAUCGUGUCAACAAUAACACCCCUAAAGUUCCUGCUCUUUAAAAUGUGAAUUUCACUGAAUAGUGAUGACAUGUUUUAUCAGUGGGUUCAAGUUUUUAUUAUAGUUUCUUUACACAUUAACACAAUGUGCCGGCAUACUGUAAAAGGUCAUCAGUUCUCUUAACUAGAUCACUUGUUAUUGAAAGUCAAUUUUGAUAUUUUUAUAAUCGCUAAUUAAGCCUCAGCAAUGCAAACAGUUUAUUACUACAGCUGUGUUCAAAAGUUUGCAUACCCUUGGAGAAUUGGUCAUAUCUGUACCAUUUGUAAAGUAAACAUGAGUGAGCAGGC